GGCGAGCCUCAGUCUGGCGUCGUCGACGGCGGUCUUUCCGGACGUCGACGAGUUUGGUCUCCUUCACUGUCGGUCGUGUGUGGACGGCGGCGGCCAAGGGAGCAUGCCGCUAGUGUACUGCGUUCCGCUUGAGAGCCGCAAUGGGUCAGAUGCCGCGGCGGUGGCAGCGGCGGAGGCCAGGCUGCGCGCCGAGUUCAAGGCGCUCGUCGAGCACGAAGGCGGGCCGUCGGCAUCGCGGCACACGGCGUGGAAUCCGCACGAGCUGGCCAAGGCCGCAGAUGCGCCCGCCCAGCCUAGUGCUGCCGAGCGACGCUCGAUCAUGCAAGUUGUGCCGCCGGCAGAGCUAGUGGCCACCCUCGACGAGUACGUUGUGGGUCAGGCUCACGCCAAGCGGGUCCUCUCGGUCGCUAUCUUUAACCACUUCCAGCGGCUGGCCAUGCUGGAAACGCGCAAAAGCGGGAAUAGCGAUGGCGGCGUGGAGACCGUGGUCGAAAAGUCCAACGUACUCCUGGUCGGGCCGACCGGAUCGGGCAAGACGCUGCUGGCGUCCAAGCUGGCGCAGCUGAUUGACGUGCCUUUUGUGGUUGCAGACGCGACGUCGCUGACCGAGUCGGGCUAUGUCGGCGACGACGUCGAGUCGGUGCUCACCAAGCUCCUCGCCAACUGCAACUACGACGUGGCCGCAGCGCAGCGCGGCGUGGUGUACAUCGACGAGAUCGACAAGAUCGCGGUCAAGGCCCAGUCGCGGUCAAUCACCCGCGACGUGUCCGGCGAAGGUGUUCAGCAGGCGCUGCUCAAAAUGCUGGAGGGGACCCAGGUCCUCGUCCCGCCGUCGGGUGGGCGCAAGCACCCAAACCAGGAAAUGAUUCCGCUCGACACAACGAACAUCCUGUUCAUCUGCGGUGGCUCGUUCCAAGGCCUCUCCACACUUGUCCGCGACCGACUCGGCGAGCACGCCGCUGGUCAAAGCUCAUCGAUCGGCUUUGGAGUGCCGGCAAGCCAGCUGGCGGCUGGCAGUUCCGGCCGUCGCGCCUCGGCUGACGAUGAGGCCCACGCCGCGCUGCACCUGCUACAGCACACGACGUCGCAGGAUCUCGCCGAGUUUGGCCUCAUUCCCGAGAUGCUCGGACGGCUGCCGAUCAUUGCGCCGCUGCAUGAGCUCUCGCGCGACGACCUCGUCGCUGUCCUCACCUCGCCGCGCAACGCGCUCACCAAGCAAUACGCGCAGCUCUUCAGCACCUACUCGAAGGCCGGGGUGGACCUGGUCUUUGACGAUGCAGCGCUCGAUGCUGUCGCCGACGAAGCCAUUGCCGGGCGGACGGGUGCUCGCGGCCUCCGGUCGAUCCUGGAGCGAACGCUCCUCGACGCCAUGUUUGAGGUCCCGAGCACGCCGGGCGUACUUGUGGCGCGGGUGAGUCGCGACGCAGUGCGCGGCGAUGCCAGCGUCGCGCUCGAGCUCGCCGAUGACAGCAAGGCCGUGGCAUGA